UAUUUCUCAUCCGGCGUUUUCCGUGUUUUCUCGAAGCGCACAACGAAAGAAGUUUCCGUCAUCUUUUUGUCUUGAAAUUUGAGGUAUUUUUAGUUGAAAUGUCUACGAAUGAGUUACUCCAGUGCUAUAACAAGGGCUGUGGUAAAGAAUACAAGGAAGACGAAAAUGGAGAAGACAAGUGUACACAUCAUCCAGGUGUUCCAGUUUUUCAUGAUGCUUUAAAGGGAUGGUCUUGUUGCAAGAAAAGGGUCUCAGAUUUUACAGAAUUCCUCAACAUUCGGGGGUGCACUAAAUCAAGGCACACUAAUGUCAAACCACCUGAACCUAAAAAACCAAGCGCAGAUGAAAAACCCCUUGGUCUUGAUGAAGUUAUAAAAGUUGAACAACCUGCAAGAAAACCAAUUCCAACAGAACCUGUUGAAAGACCAAGUGAUGACCUUCCAAAGACAAAGCUUAAGAUGUCAGUGGCAGAUUCUUUGAAAAAGGCUCUGGUGAAACUUAAAGAACAAGAAAAAGACAAACCUGUUAAAAGUGAUGGAAGUGAGCAUGAUGGUGGAGUUAAACCUGGAACAAUGUGCAAAAAUAGUGGAUGUAACACCUCAUAUGUAAAUGAAAGUACCAACGAUGACAAGUGCUGGAAUCAUUAUGGCGUACCAAUAUUUCAUGAAGGGUAUAAAUUUUGGUCUUGUUGUCGGAAAAGGACAACAGACUUUGAUGAGUUCUUAAAACAAGACGGAUGCACUUCGGGGUCUCACAGAUGGGAACUAACAGAAGAGGAAAAAGCGAAGAAAGUCCUGUGCCGAUAUGACUGGUACAAAAUGGGAAACUUUAUCGUCAUUUCAAUAUUUGCGAAGAUGAGUGAUCCUGAACAAACCUUUGUAGAGGCAAAUAAAACAGUUUUAAGUGCUCAUGUGGUGUUUGGUGGCUCAAACGUGUUUGAGCUUCAGCUCAAUCUACACGGGACAAUCCUCCCAGAGAAAAGCUCCGUGUUGCUAUCCCAGACCAAGGUGGAGAUCAAAUUGCGAAAAGAAGACAUUGGAAGCUGGCCUUCCUUGGAGCUGAAAAAGCCAAAGGACUGAAGAAAACCCCUCGAGAAACAAAAAACAAUUUUACAGCACAAGAAGGACCAGCAGAAUCCGCUGACACAAGAACGCAGUAGUUGAUUUUUCGACUGAGGCCUUUGACACUGCACCGCAUGGUGGUAAUAUUUCGCAAUUUUCUGCUUUUCGCGUCCAGCAAUCCACGAACUAAACUAUGUGUAAAGCUAUGGAACGACGAAUAAAGUUUGAAUGAGGCUUGUGUUACGACGCGAAA